UUCAACCAAAUUGACCAAAAGCAAAAUGUCAUGCUAUGAUGCAUUGGACUCAGAUACAAAAGGAGUUGCAUAAUAAGCGUUAUCAUCUUUCACGAUACAAUGCACAUUCAGUUGGCACUUUUUUUCUGAAGGUAGCGUGUGGUAAAUUUGUGCAGUGCAAUAGGGCAACUAUGACCGUCAAAGAGGUAGCGAUUAUUGGUUGCGGCGUGGCUGGCCUUGCGAGCAUCAAAUGUUGUAUCGAUGCCGGUUUAAAUCCAACGUGUUUUGAAAUACAGCAAAAUGUCGGAGGUGUUUGGAAUUACACGGAUGAGCCACGUCCAAAUUUAGCCUCUGUGCAUAGAAAUACUGUUACCAACACCAGUAAACAAUUUUCUGCCUAUUCGGAUUUCCCAAUGCCAAAAUCCUUUCCAAACUAUCUACCUCAUCGAUUAUUUCAGACCUAUUUAGAAUCUUACGCAAAGCAUUUUGACCUUGUCAAGCAUGUGCAGUUUGGCACCGAAGUCGUUCACUUACAAAGGAGCAAUGAUCACAAGGAUACAGGAAAAUGGCUAAUUUCAACCCGAAAAGCUGAUUCAGAGAUUACCACUAAAUCUUUUGAUGCAGUAAUGAUAUGCACAGGUCAUUUGUGGGAGCAGUUUACACCAAAAAUACCCGGAAUUGAUAAAUUUACUGGUACUAUAAUACAUAGUGGUGAUUACCGAACUUUUCACCCUUAUGUUGGAAAAAGAGUUGUGGUCGUGGGAUGCAGUAACUCUGGAGGUGAUAUUUCUGUUGAUAUUUGCAAUUAUGCAAACCAAGUAUACUUGAGUACAAGAAGUGGUGGUUACUUGAUGACUCGUGUUGGUCCAGGAGGGAAACCACUGGACUUUUUACUGACGAGAGCCAUUUCAAAAAUUGUGCCAGUAAAUAUUGCAAUGAAAAUGUCACCAGCUGUGUUGAAUAACAAGAUCGAUUUCAAAACCUAUGGCCUUCAACCUACAGGUACUUUUAAUGUCCACCAGUUUCCAUUUAUAAAUGAUGAAUUGCUUCACCACAUUAUUAGUGGAAAGAUCAAAGUCAAGAAAGACAUUAGAGAAGUAUCUGAAAACUCAGUGACUUUGAAAGAUGGCGAAAUUUUAACCAAUGUAGAUGCUUUGAUUUUUGCAACAGGUUUUAAGCACACUUAUCCAUUUGCCAGUGACAUAAUUGAAACAAAGGAAGAUUAUUAUGUUAGUCUUUAUAAGCAUAUGUUUUUGCCAAGCAAUGACCAACACACGUUAGCUGUGAUUGGAGCAAUUUUAGUACAAGGAGCAGAUGCACCUACAUGUGAGAUGCAAGCCAGAGUAGCAGUGGAAGUGUUUGCAAAGAAGUGUAUGCUGCCAAGCAAGUGCAAAAUGGAACAGGCAAUCAAAGACAGAGAAGACUUUUGGAAGAAAACUGGUACUUCUAAGUCAAACUACAUGCGAGUGCAUUUUCUACCAUACUUGGAUGAGCUUGGAGAAAUGAUUGGUGCAAAGCCAGACUUAUGGUCUAUACUAAAGCAAGAUCCUAUACUUGCAUUUAAAGUGUUAUUUAGCCCUGCCAUACCAGCUCAGUUCAGACUACAAGGACCAAACGCAUGGAGCGGAGCAAGACAACACAUAAUGGAUAUAAAUGAGCACUAUCUUGGUGCUUUUAAAGCCACAGGUGACCAUUCAUCAACGAAAGACAAGUCAAAUGGCAAUUUUUUCUAUUUUGUUUAUUUAGCCAUAUUAAUAAUAGUCAUGGCUUUAUUGUGGUCUUACUGCCAAUGAAUCAUAUACCAAGACUAGGUUAUGAGGGAACCACAAUGUUAUCUUGUGCCAUAUUUUUAACAAAUGUUAUUAUAAUUAAUGAAUAGACCACUAUAUAUUUUUAUAUACCACUAUAUAUUAACUUUGCAUAAAAUUUCAAAUAUAUUACUUAUAAAGAAUAAAUUGCUCAAGAAACUCU